AUGCUCGUCAACGAUCAUUGUAGCUAUCGUCCGAUAGGUGUCGUCGUAAGAUUUAGACCACUGCAGACAAACAAUUUGUAAAAAUGGAGUAUGGAGGGGGCCCAGAAAUGUAAGCCAUCACAGCUGUUGUUGAUGUACGUUGUAGGUGCAACAAGCUUUGGUGCAAGUUAUAAAUCAACUUUUUCUAACGUAACGUCCAACUCGUGCACAAGUCCAUUAAUUUACAGUUAGAAAAGUGUCGACUGAAAUCUGAAAUAGUGAGCAGCCAGUUUAAUGUGAAGAAAAUACAAAAGGACUGAAAAAUGUCUAAAAACGUCCUGCCAUUCGUUCGAGUGUGAUCUAGAUUUUAAGCUCGUUUUGUUAUGCCAAUUCUUUAAUAAUGACGUGAGAACUAAUAUUAAUUUCUAUCGAAAUACAAGUGGCGUGAUGUGAUUAUUUUAAUCAGAAAUAGCAAAUUAGUAUGCGUUUUUCGACAAAUUUACAGGGGCGAACCGCCCACGAAGCUCUGAUAUCUCGACAAGAGGCUGAACUGAGACUUCUGGACACAAUGAAACGGUGUCUCGUAUCAAAAAUAAGAUGUGAUAGAGAAUAUGCUCUGGCACUGAGUUCUUUAGCUAGUCAGGGGUUGAAGAUUGACAGGGGAGAUGAACUUUCCGGUAGUUUGAUCCUUUCUGCAUGGAAAAGCAUGAUGGAAGAGCUGGAGAACAUGGGAAAAGUGAUCAAGCAGAAUGCCGACACUUUGGAAACCAAAACUCUCGAUGCCUUAAGUUCAAUGUACACAGAAAAGAGGAAAACUAGAAAACUAUAUCAAGAAGAACACACAAAAAUAACACAGCAAUUUUCUCAUCUAAUGGAUGAUGUUUCCCGUAAAAAAUCAGAAUAUCAAAAAUAUCUGGAGCUCUACAAGCUCAUGAGGUCCAGGUUCGAAGAACAUUAUGUGAAAUCCGGCAGGGGUGGCAGAAAACUAGACGAUGUUCGAGAUAAAUAUCAAAAGGCUUGCAGGAAACUUCACCUAACACAUAAUGAGUAUGUCCUGUUGCUUUGCGAGGCAACAGAAUUCGAAAAAGACUUUAGAACAGUUUUGUUACCGGGAUUGUUGGAAUAUCAGCAGUCCGUACAAGAGGCUUUCAUAUCAACGUGGAAACAAGUCCUGCAGGAGGUGUCGCAGCUCUCUGAUUUUUCUUCUGACAAAUUCAAAGAGAUCCAAAAACGGAUCGAAGCAAACGUGGAGGCUGUAAACCCUGCCGAAGAAUACAAAGACUUCACCGAAAAACACAAAACGUCCCCUUCUGAUCCCGUAAUUUUCACCUUCGACGAGAGUUUGGUUGAGGAGAGCGCCGGGAAACUUCUUCCCAAUCAGUUGACCGUUGACAAUCUCACUGUCGAAUGGUUGAGAACGAAGUUGACUGAUCUGGAAGCCGCUAUUAAAGAGUGCCAAGAGAAGAGGGUGCUUCUCAAUCCCAAUAACGUUUCAAGCGAUUCCCUUGUGGCCAUGGCCAAUGGGAAGGCCAACAACGACAAUAGCAUAAGCAACAGGUUGUCGGGGCUUAUAGAGACCAAUAAAAAAGAAAUAAACGAACUCAGAUGCCAAGAACGCAAGAUGCAGAGGCAAACGGAACUGAUAAAGAGCGCCCUUAACGAGUUGGGGUGCGAAGAAGUGCCAUCAGGAUGCGAUCUGUCCAUAGAUAACCAGUCAUUCAUUAGCAACGCAAACGAUCAGGGUGUUGGGUCUGAAAAUUCCUUAACUAAACGGAGUUUCGGUCACAAGUGCAUCGUCAAUAUGCUGAAAAAACCGUUCCGUAGAAAAUCCGCGCCAAACUCCCCAGUCGCUCCCCCACGCACGAAGGGGCGCUCCGCGUCGGCGUCACGUAGCGGAAGCGUCGAUCCCGUCGCCCUAAGUACCAACAAAACGUUAAUGGAUGAGGAAUGGUUUCACGGCGUACUUCCCCGAGAAGAAGUCGUCCGACUCUUAACCCAAGAUGGAGACUUCUUGGUUAGAGAAACCACAAGAAACGACGAAUGUCAGACAGUCCUUUCGGUUUGUUGGAGAGGCCAUAAACACUUCAUAGUACAAACCACAACAGAGGGUCACUUUCGAUUUGAAGGUCCAGCUUUCCCCAGUAUAAGAGAACUAAUUUUAUAUCAAUAUAAGAGUGGGUUACCUGUGACCAGCAGAUCUGGAGCGGUUCUUCAUCGUCCUAUUCCCAGGGAAAGGUGGGAAUUGAAUAAUGACGAUGUUCUUCUUUUAGACAAAAUUGGGAGGGGUAACUUUGGAGAUGUUUACAAAGCGCAGCUAAAAAGCACGAACCAAGAAGUGGCCGUUAAAACGUGCAGAGUUACCCUCCCUGAGGAGCACAAGAAAAAAUUUUUACAGGAAGGCAGGAUUUUGAAACAGUAUGACCAUGCCAAUAUUGUAAAACUUAUCGGGAUCUGUGUGCAAAAACAGCCAAUUAUGAUCGUUAUGGAAUUAGUGCCUGGUAAAUUAAGUUUUGAUUAUUUUUGUUGUGUAUUUAAGUUAAUUUAUUAUGCAGGUGGUUCGUUGUUAACUUUUUUACGAAAAAAUUCGACACAUUUAACAGAGGCUCAGUUGAUGAACAUGUGUUUAGACACGGCAGCUGGUAUGAAGUAUUUGGAGUCAAAAAAUUGCAUUCACAGAGACUUGGCAGCACGAAACUGCCUAGUUGGAUAUUCGAAUAUCGUUAAAAUAUCUGACUUUGGAAUGUCGAGAGAAGAAGAAGAGUACAUUGUGUCAGAUGGGAUGAAACAGAUCCCAAUCAAAUGGACAGCCCCAGAAGCUCUCAAUUUUGGAAAGUACACAUCUCUCUGUGAUGUUUGGAGCUAUGGGAUCUUGUGCUGGGAGAUAUUUUCCAGGGGUGGAACACCCUACAGUGGCAUGAGCAAUUCUAAAGCACGGGAAAAAAUUGACAGUGGAUACAGAAUGCCUGCUCCUGAAAAUACUCCCGAUGAGAUGUAUCGUCUCAUGCUACGGUGCUGGGAAUAUCAGCCUGAAAAUAGGCCCAAUUUCGAGCAAAUUUACACCGUCGUGGACACUCUCUGUCAGGCCUAUAACGUCUCUUUUUUAUGAUUAAACAAUAAAAUUUAUAAAUAUCUAACCACCUAAUUUAUCGAUACACAUAUACGCUCACACACCAACACAUAUACAUACACAAGUGUCGACUUAUUAAUUGCAGUUAUAAUUAAAGUUAUUUAACAAUUUUUUGUAAACGCCUUCCUCUCUUUACUCUUGAACUUGUAAAUAAUAAUAAUAUAGCCUCAUGUUUUUUAA